AUGGAGAUGAUUUCGACGUCGCCUUUCAGCGAAAUGAGUGAAGCAACAUCCGUCCUGGAAAUUAUUCCCCCGGACUCUUCUCAACAUGAUGCCUCACUCAUUAUCCUGUUCUUCGUUCUUCAACUUAUCGGCCUGGUCGGCAGUAUAUUCACCAUAGUUAUUGCACAUUUCAGUCUUAUCAGGCGCCAUCUGACAUGGUACAAUUUCCUCGCAUCGUGGAUCAUCUCUAGUCUCUCGUACAGUUUAUUGCUAUUUGCGGGCCAAAUCAAUCUAUCAGGAGAAAAAAAGUCCGAGGUACCAUUUGGGCUAUGUGUGUUCCAAAGUUCAGUUAUCUAUGCAUCACCUCCUCUUUCCGCCGCAACUAUGCUGGGUAUGGUGGCUCAGAUCUGGUUCAGUGUGCAUUUGAUGCUCUUCAAGAGGCCUAUGAUAGCACAAAAACUUUUGACCAGAAUUGUCUUGAUUUUACCAUACAUGCUUUUUCUAGGCAUAUCUACUGAGGCAUUGGUGUUCGGUCUUAUAUAUCCUGACUCUGUGAGAGUGACUGGAUCUGGGAUGUAUUGUAAUUCUGGCUUGGCUAUUCCAUUAAGUCUCUUCUUUUUCUUCACCAUCCAUCACGGAGCAGCACUCAACAUUGUGAUUGCGUUCAUCCCAGUCAUGGCUGUCUUCACCUUUGCGUCACAAAAAGAUCUCCUUGAAGUUUGGAUGUUUCGGAAAUGGAGGAAGAAAGGGAGCUCGGCUGUAUUCGUUCACACAAGAGCUAUGGCUGAAUCUAACUCGACGCUUAGAAGUCCUGUAUCUGUGUAUGACGAGAAGGACCUCCCGCCUCUGCCUGCUUAA